AAGGGCUGGGGUUCCCUUGGUGGCAAGGCAGCUCACACUCUCAUUGCAAGGAGUCACUUCGCACCCGGGUCUCCGAGCUUGGGCGAGCACAGAACGAUGGUCACACUUGAGUCGGAAUCAGAGUACUACGACGUUUUUGAGAUCCUCGGAAAGGGCACGUUUGGGGAAGUGGUGAAAAGCUGGAAGCGGAGCACGGGGGAGAUGGUGGCCAUCAAGAUCCUGAAGAAUGACUCCUACCGGAGCAGAAUCAUCAAGAAUGAGCUGAAGCUGCUCCGGGCCAUGUCGAGCGUGGACUCCAAAGAGUCGCACAUCGUCCAGUUCCACGAGUUCUUUCAGGACGAGUUCAAGUUCUACCUGGUCUUUGAGCUGCUGGAGCAAAACCUGUUUGACUUCCAGAAGGAGAACAAAUUUUCCCCUCUGCCCGUCCGCCACAUCCGGACGGUGACCACGCAGGUGCUGAGAGCCUUGGCCAAGCUGAAAGAACUCUCCAUCAUCCAUGCAGACCUGAAGCCAGAGAACAUCAUGCUGGUGGACCAGAUGAGGUAUCCUUUCUGGGUCAAGGUGAUCGACUUUGGCUCGGCCAGCAUCUUCAACGAGGUGCGAUACGUCAAAGAUCCGUACAUCCAGUCCCGAUUCUACCGGGCGCCAGAAAUCCUGCUGGGGUUGCCCUUCUGUGAGAAAGUGGACAUCUGGUCUCUGGGGUGUGUGAUGGCCGAACUGCAUCUCGGCUGGCCCCUCUACCCUGGGAACAGCGAGUACGACCAGAUCCGCUACAUCUGCGAGACCCAAGGCAUGCCCAGACCCACCCUCCUCAACGCAGCUAGAAAGGCCCACCUCUUCUUCAAAACCAACCAGCACCCCGAUUCGGCGAAUUCCUGGGAGCUGAAAACGCCAGCCCAGCAUCUGGCAGACACCAAGGUGAAGUCCGUGGAGCGGAGGAAAUACGUCCUGAAGUCCCUGGACCAGAUGGAGACGGUGAACACCCACAAAAUGAUCUACCCGGACUCCGAGGCCCUGGCAGAGUACUUUGACCUCCGGAGCAUGGUGGAGAUGAUCAAGAGGAUGCUGACCUGGGACUCCCACGAACGCAUCGCCCCCAGUGCGGCCCUGAAGCACCCCUUUGUUUCCACCCAACCGCUCAAGCAGAACUAUGGCUUCACCCAGUAUUACGAGUUCUGCUUGAGGAGCCUCCAUGAAUCGAGACCCAGCUACGGGAAGCCAUUGAUGGAGGAAACCCAGGCUUACACCUCCAUGGAAGAGGAUCCUUACUAUCCGGCUCAGAAGACCUUCAGGGAAGAGGACGCCCAUGGCGGCCAACGAACCACCAGCCAAACAGAUGGCCUCCACCUCCCCGAGGCAAGGCGGGAGGUGCCCCUGAAAGUGUGGGGGGAAGGGCCCAGCGAAGGAGGCUUUUAUGAGUCCCUCUCGGGACCCACCGAGGUAUCCUCUGGCCAGCGCAAGCCUUCCCACCAUGGCCUCCAGUGGCGCCACGAACAGGCCCAGCAAGAGCCCAUCCCGGCCUUCUAUAGGAACCGGCUCGGCAGCCCCAAGCUUCGAAAGACCUCCCACCAAGCCAAACUGGACCCCACCUUUGAAAACCUCAUCCUGCUGGGUGGGCAGUGCUCCCCAGAAGACACGUCACGCUGGGAGAAGGAGGGGAAGGCCCCCAGCACAGCCUCCUUGCCCGAGCCCAGCCACCCCAAGGACCAGGUGAUCUCACCUGCCGCUCAGCGAGCGGAGAUGGAGGUGUACGAGGGCUGGCUGCCUGAAAACGACUGGCUGGCAGAGAAGGACAUGGAGAGGGGGCCCCUCAGGGCCGUGCUGCACCCUCCCCGGAACCGGCAGCCCCUGCAGCCGUACUUGCACCACAUCGCCAGCCAUCACUGACCCUUGGGCCCCCCCGUCCAGGAAGGAGGGCAGGCACCAUGGAGAGAGAUCGCCCUGCUCAAACAGAUAACCUUUGUAGCCCUUACAUAUAUAGACCAUUUGUCGCUGCCCAAAACCGCUUCCUUAAUAAAAGCCAGCAUGCUAUUAUGACUGAGUGGUACAG